GGCAGCGCAUGGCUAUUCCAACUAUGUUACCUCCGAACUGGUUUCCGAGAUGCCUUUGCCUGCUGUUGUGUAUACUGCCUGGGUAUCUGGACUCUGCUCGAAUCUUGGCCUUAUAUCCCAUACCGGGUUACUCGCACUACUACCACUCCUUGCCGUAUAUUAAAGGUUUGGCCUCUUUGGGUCAUGAAGUCACCUUGGUGAGUCCGUUUUCGUUGAAAGAGCCUUUUGCAAAUAUUCACGAAAUUCAUGUUCCGGAACUGUUUGACUAUAACGAAGAGCUUGUUAAGAUCUUAACCACGUCACCUGGCACUUGGGAGUAUAAUGACCAUAUAAACAACUGCAACCUAAAUCUGGCAAAGAAAUUUCUAAACAAUGACGGAGUGCGUCGGGAGAUUCUUAAGCCUGGGAAAACACAAUUUGACUUGAUUCUCAUAGAUCUAUGGCGGAUGGAUGCUCUAUAUGGGCUGGCGGCUUACUUUGAGGCACCCAUCAUUGGAAUAGCAUCGUACGGCAUCGACUGGAAGAUAGACGAGUUGGUGGGCAAUACAUCCCCGAUGUCGUAUCUCCAGUCACCCUCAUUUAGCUGGCACAAUCUGGAGACCUAUGCUGGCCGUCUGGCACACUUUAUUGAGCGAUCGAUUUCCUGGGUUAACUGGAGAUGGCGGUACGAGGAGAAGCACGAGGCUCUGUACAGAAAAUACUUCCCGAAAAUCGCCGAUAAGAAGCCCCUAUCUGAGAUUACCCGAAACUUUGCUUUGGUGCUUGUAAAUCAACACUUUACACUGGCUCCGCCGCGACCAUUGGCUCCGAAUGUGAUCGAAGUGGGAGGCAUGCACAUCGAUCACCAGCCUACGCCUUUGCCGCCAGACAUGGAGAACUUCGUCCAAGGCUCUGGCGAGGAUGGGGUUAUUUUCUUCUCGCUGGGCACCAAUGUCAGAGGCAACACGCUGACAGAGGACCGACUGAGAGUAUUGCUGGAUACAUUUGAGAGUCUGCCACAGCGUAUCCUAUGGAAGUUCGAUGACGAGGAGUUGCGUGGAAAACCUUCCAAUGUAUUGAUUAGGAAGUGGUUCCCCCAGCAGGAUAUCCUGGCGCAUCCAAAGGUAAAGCUCUUCAUCACCCACGGGGGACUGCAAAGCACCGUUGAGAGCAUUCACCAUGGCACGCCCAUGCUGGGAUUGCCCUUCUUUUACGACCAGUUCCGCAACAUGGACCAUGUCAGUCAGCAAGGUUUGGGUUUGGUUUUAAACUUUUGGGAAAUGACAUCUGAAGAGCUUAAGACCACCAUUUUGCGGUUGCUAGAGGAGAAGAGUUUCGAUAUCACGGCGAGAACAAUAGCUGCCCGAUAUAGGGAUCAACCCACAAGGCCUCUGGAAAAUGCCAUCUGGUGGACUCAUUACGUUCUUCGGCACAAGGGUGCGACUUACAUGCGUGUGGCUGGCCGGGAAUUGGACUUCUUCACCUACCACAGCCUGGAUGUCCUGGGCACUUGUCUCUUACUUUUUCUAAUUAUUUUUUCUGUGGCAACCGUUUGUGUGCUGAAGUCACUGAGGUUGAUCCUGCGACGUGGAGGUCAUAAGAAUAACAGAAAACAGAAAGUACAGUAAUUGAGGUGUUAAUUGGUUGGUUUUUAAUUCCUUCAUUAUAUUUUGUAAAUUUUUUUUUUAUAAUAUCUGAGAAGUAAAUUCAACAAACGUUGCUUAAAAGAGUGAAGUUUAUAAACACCAACAAAAGCAAGUUUAAAUGCUAUUAUUAUGACCUUGUUUGUGAUAACUAUAACCUCUUCAAUAAAAGCAAAACAAACCAAAAACUAGAUGGGGUCUACCG